GGAGUGCAAAAAUUUAGGUUAUGUCAGCCUGCUUGGUUACUUUGUUUUUCUCGAGAAAAUAGUGCUUUCCUCCGGUUCUUUGUGAUUUUUUUGGGUUGAGAUGCCUUCUCAGAGACACAGAAUUACCAGCAAAUCCCAGCCGAAGCAGGAAGUUGAAAAAAUCAAGGUAAAAACCGAGCCAAUUGAUAUUCUUCCAUUGUCUGAGUAUGUGGACGACAGAGUGGAGCUGAUCAAACAAGCCUUUCAAUGUCUCAAUCCUAAAGCUAUCAAAAAGAUAGCUCCGGACUUCCUCCAGAGCAAACCCAUUGAGAAAAUCCAGGAACAAUGUCUCAAUGAGGUAUUAGGAAUGUCCAAAAAGCGUCUGCUUUCGAUUAUCAAUGCCACAAAAUGCCCCACAGAUACAGAAUCCUCGUCAGAUGAGGAAGCUGUGAAGGCUGUAGUGGAGCAUAUUUCCCUGGAUGAGAUCUCAUCGGAGGAUGAACGAUCAAAAACAGCGAGCAAGAAGAAGCAUAAGAAGACAGAGAAAAAAGCAGAGGAAAAGCCUCCGGAAAAGAAGGAAUAUUCCGUUUUGGAACUUCUUGAGCUCCAAGCUCGUGCAAGAGCUAUUAGAUCUCAAUUGGCUCUUGAGCCUGUGACUAAAAUUGAAAUAAAAGAAUCCGAUGAAGAAGAAGAUGAGGAACAACCUCCUCAAAUCAAACCAUCUCAACCUGCAUCUUCAGCACCCCAAGCUCCACCUAAAUCCUCAAUAUCCACCAAUACAAAUAAUCCUGGGAAAUCUUCGGGUAGCAAAAAGGCUCCAAAGUUGAAAAGUGUUGUCUCAGAGGUCAAUAAACCUGACAAAUCAAAUGAAAAAGCUAAAGAAUCCAAUAAAAAUGGCUUGGAGAAAGAAAGAUCCACUGAGGAUUCCCGGAAAAGUUCAGAGAGGCGCAUUAAAUUGAAGAGAAACUGGAGAAGGAGAUCUGGAGAUGGUGAAAAUAAUACAAUCGAUGGUCAUGCAAAUAUUGUAAUAGAAGUGAAGAACACAAAGCAAACGACCCAGGUGCAGCCAGAACCAGAAAGAAGUCCAUCUCCUGAUGUUCUUCCAAUUGUUGCCAGUCCAGAAACUCUCUGUAUAUCCAGUGACACAGAUGAGGAAGUCCCUGCACCUGAGAAAGUCACUGAAAAAAAUUCAAAGGAAGAUCAAGUGACUCCGGCAAAGGAACCGUCUCCUCAGAAAGAAAUUCCAGAGGAACCCCCUAGAGAUGAUACUCCCGAAGAAGGAGAGGUACUUGAUGAACUGGAAAUAAUGAUCCGAGAGGAUUAUAAGAAUCUCGAGGAAACAGCCCAAGAAAAAUCACCUCAAAGGGGUGAAAAUAAGAAAGAACCGGAAGAAGAAAUCGAUAGGACAAAUACUGAGCAGGAAAUGGAGAAGCCAACAGUUGAGGAGGAAAAAGUGGCAACUGAAGAAGAUAGGACAGAUGAUGAUUUAAACGAUGACUGCAUAGAAAUUGUCUGCACAGAUAUUUUGGAGGAAAAUCCAGAGCAAAAAGAGGAGUCAGAUACUCAAAAUAAGACAGAACCGGAAGAUGAAAUCCUUGAGCUAAAUGACUCCAGUGAUGAGGACGAUCUUCCACUGUCUCAACUCAUCGGGGAAAAGGGAUCACCAUCAAAAUCCAAAAACAGUAAGAUUGAGUCAUGGAACUCCAGAUGGUUGGAGAGUUCCCGUGUCUCGAAGAUCAUGGCUACGUCACGUCUGGGAAAUUCUGUUCGGCGAAAGAUAAAGACGAAGAGUAAGAAGCAAAAGGAGACAGAGGAAAAUGAGUCCAAUUCAGCGGCAGAGGAGGUUCCAGUGAAGGUGACCGAAUCGAGUGUAGAAGUGGGAUCAGUGGAGCAUUUUCAUGAGUUGGCGGAAAAACCACAAGAGAGUGAUAAAAAUGAGGAAAAAUCGCGAAAACCGUGUACGAAAAAGCGCUAAACCCGUAAUCCCGUUCGUGAUGUUGGAAUCCAAAUUGGACGAGGCUGAGUGUGCUGCAUUAAAGACCGUUUUAUCACCAAAGCAACGAGACGCAGAGAACGUGUUUGCUAUAACCAACAUAUAAUCCGGAUUUGGUUGAGGAGGCACAACCGUGCGCCAAAGAGUGGUUUGAAUGCACGUUAUCCGAUCGCCGUUCGUGGUACAACUGAAUGGCCAGUGCUACAAACACCAUCCGCAGAGCGCGCUAUGGUGAGAGAUGAGAGAUCAAGUUGUGAAGAGAUGGGCCUUGCAUAUAUAUAUGCAACCUUCUUGGGAAUCACAUGAAAAGAAUACAAACCAAGUCAUGGGCAAAUGGAGAGUGGCCUCGAGAGUGUGAUGUUCUCUCAUUUUCUCAGGAAGAGAUAGUUGUGGCCCCAUGAGAGAGUGGAGAAAAGAAGUUUUUUUUUUUUUUUAACAUCGAAGAAGAAGAAAAAAAUGUGAUUCUGCUUUGGCGCGCGCCCGAGCUCAAAUUCAAGAGACUCUCCCCAACAAAGCACUUACCUCGCGGUAUACCUUCUUAUAACCAUCAGGUGAGCCAAGGUGAGAGAGAACGAGAGAUGUAUAUGGAUAACUCAUAUGGCGAGAACGGUGUUCCAUUAACCUACUGAUACAGAACCAUCCAACAAAACCAACAUAACUUCUUCUGCGCUGCUUCAUGGUCUUGGUCGUCUUCGUCGUCAUCGUCAUCUUUGGAAGUAGCAGGUUUGUCAUUAUUUUACAACAUCAUUUUUUUUGUUCCCUUAUAUCUUGUAAUUGCCAAUCGAUAAAAAUACAUUUAACUCUUGAGAGAGCAUCAACUUUAA